AUGCGACCUCCGCGUCUCCUUCUGAUUCUCUUCUGCCUAAUCUUCCUCCCGAUAUUCCUGACCCUCUUUUCCGCACUGUCUUCGCCUACUGUAGCGACCCCUAAUACGCUCGCCGGUCGGACGUCCGGGCUGCAUGCCCUAUUUUCUUUCAACAUCCCGUCGUCACUCUUCCCUCCGUCCGCCAUUAUCAGCCUCACCGAUGACAACUCGACCUUCUUCCUGGCCCGCCCUGCGGCAUUUGGCCCGCUUCUACCCGGCAAAGGCCUAAGCGGCCAACUCUGGGUUGGAAGUGGCUUUGGGGAAGGUGGUUUGACCACUGGGGCAGAAGGGGAGUUGGGCUGCUCUGAUAUCCCCGGCUGGGACGAAGGCAACGGUGCCAAGAACCCAGACUCGGCAGCCAGGGGCAGCGAGCCGAAACCUGGGAAAUCUGGAAGUGGUACAAUGAACGAUACGCCAGUCUCACAGAACCGUGCCCGGCUACCAGCACAGGCCGAGGCCGCCAGACAAAAUGAUCGAGGCGACGUCCCGGCUCCUCCCUCGUUGAACGACGGAACCGACGAUCAUUUACAUCAUCCGCUGACUGACUCCGGUGUUUCGGAUGCUGGGGCAGCUCAGAAGUACGGAGACUACGUCCAAGUCAAGCAGUCUACGCACGCCGAUAUUCAGUCAUUACAAGAGACUGCCGAGAUUCAGGGCAAUGUUGUGUUGCUCAGUCGCGGUGGCUGUGGCUUCCUUGAGAAGGUCAAGUGGGCCCAACGCCGCGGAGCGAUUGCAGUGAUUGUUGGCGAUGACACUCGAGGCGGUAAUUUGGUUACCAUGUAUGCUCGGGGCGAUACUUCGAAUGUUACCAUCCCAGCCCUGUUCACUUCCUAUACAACUGCGCACCUUCUGUCGUCCUUGAUUCCCGCGCAUUCUGGUGGUACUACUGGCCUGGGUGAAGCUUUGAAAUCAUUAAAUGCCAAGAUCGCCGGUCAGGCCAACGCGGAUGCACAGAAACCGGCAGCAGUCACGACUACCAAGGCUACGAGCGCUCCUUCGCCGACUUCUACUUCUGUUUCCAAGGACCAGUCUGCUGUUCUUUCGCAUUCGAGUGGUGGAUUCUUCCGUACACUCGGUUCAAUUCUUGGCCUCUGCAGCAAGCAUGGAGGCUCAGGACCCCAGGAGGAUAGCCGCCGACCACCAAGCAGCGGCAACAUUGAUUGGCUCACGCCGGGUUCGUGGGCCAAGUCUGAAUCUCUAUCAGGCUCCUCCAAAAGUCCGAUGGAUUCGAACCGUCGCAGCCGUGGCAAAGAUGAUGAUAAUUCCAGUUACAAGAAACUCGAGCUUUCACCUGAGGAUGACAUUGGUGGGGAUGAUUUCGUCAUCGGGGUUCAGGACUGGAGAGACCCUGACUUGAUGUUACCAAAGAGCAGCACACCUCCCACGCCCAGUACCUCAGUGAGUGGUAAAGAUAGCACAAAGACAUCUGCGCCGGACGCAGACCCAGCCUCGCCGUCCAACCUGCUUCGUGGUGGUAGCAUAACCCCGGGGAGUGGUGAAUACCAGAGCAUUGAUAAGUCCACUGGAAAUGUUCGGGAUGCGGGCAUGAAGGAUACCGAGAAGGACCCCCAUGCUGCAGACACAGGAUCCAGUUCCUCUGGGAAGGGCUGGUUCUCAAGCCACUUUGGAUGGGGCGAUGAGCCAAAGCAACCUGCUCAGCCUUCUUUAGCCGCUACUCAGAGCGCUGCAACAACGGAUGAGAAGAGCCAACACGCAGUUUCUUCGUCAAAUCCCCCAACUAUUAUGUUCUCAGAGCAUGAAGGUCUUUGGGUUACCUUGACCCCCACCAGCAUGUCGACAAGCCCAUUCUUCGACACCCUUUUGGUUCUGGUCAUUAGUCCGUUGUUGACACUAACCGUGGUCUACGCGUUGCUGUUACUUCGAUCUCGGAUUCGACGUCGCCGCUGGCGCGCACCCAAGUCGGUCGUUGAGCGUCUUCCUGUCCGAACCUACCACACAAUUACUCGCACGUCAUCCUCAUCCAGCUCCAGCUCUCCACGGCCCUCUAGCCCCGGAGCUGUCUCGCCAACAUCCCCACUUCUUGGUCAUGAAAGUCGCUCGACUCAUUCUCGACCGGUCCGAUCUCGCUCUCAAACAGUUGCUGGUGUUCUGACAGACUCGUCUUCGCUGCCCAAGGAAGAAAAGUCGUCAAGUGUGCAGUCGGGCUCAAUAUUAUGGAGACGUAAGUACACUGGGAGACAAGUGGAAUGUGUCGUUUGUCUCGAGGAAUACGUGGAUGGACAAAGCCGGGUAAUGAGCUUGCCGUGUGGUCAUGAAUUCCAUGCGGAGUGCAUUACACCAUGGCUUACCACCCGCCGACGAACCUGUCCGAUCUGCAAGGGCGACGUCGUUCGCUCCAUGUCUCAUUCUCAACCUGAUCUCCAUGACCAGAACGAUUCUUCCUCCAACCUUCAGUCCCAGGACGCAGAGCACCGAUCAGACCCAAGUGCUGCACCCGUUCUCAUUGCCGGAGUCGACGAAGAGGAUGCUUCCGACGACGAACAGAACGUAGGUCUUCUUUCUGGUCACUCGAGCUCCGCCCCACAGUCUAGCUGGCGAAACCUCGCCUCGCUCAGCUUCUCCGCCCUUAGUGGUGAUACUAUCUGGCACCAAGCCCGUGCGGACCGGAACCGCUAG